GCCAUUUGCGGCAAUUGCUUUGCUGCUCGGCGUUCUUUUAGGUUAAAGAGCAACGCGUUCCCUUGUGAAUCCUCAACAGCAGACGUUACCUCUACACAAACUGCAACUAAUUCUGCAGAAAAUGGUUGCAGAAUAAAAGCAAAAUGGAAGGUUAAGAAAGAAAAGGAAAGAGGAAAAAAAAACCUAUGGCCGAUGGCUCAAGGGUCCGUCGGAUGGAUGACCCAAAGUUGCGGAAGAAAAUGAUUAUUCCUACCUUUUGAAUUGGAGGUUUUUUUUACCCUAACGUCACAUUGGGAAGGAAUUAUCAAAAUAGAACCUCAUGUACAUGGAUUGGCCUUUGCUGUCUGGACUUCCUCUUUCUCUCGAUUUCCUCUCUUUCUUGCACUUUCGAACUCUCACUUUCUCACACUCUUUUGCACUCUCGAACUCUCACAGUCUUGCAUUCUCACACUCUCGCUCUCUCAACUUCCUAUUUCUUUUGAUUUUCUCUCUUUCUUGCUCUUUUGCACUCUCACUCUCGCUCUUUUGCUAUCUCGCUCCAUUGCAUCUAAUGUUCUGGUGGCCAAUGACGACACUUCUGCAACGUUCCAAUGGUUGGCGACAAAUGGAGAAUGACCAACACAAAUGGAGAAGGAAAAUUGAGAAGAAGAAGAGGAAAAGGAAAAAAGAAAACUAGGGAUAGUUUUGUAACUUGGCUCAUGAUAUGAUGUAAGGAAGAGGGGAAAAUUAUUAAGUUUGGAAAAAUGGGCGCAAAAACCAUUUUGGAUCUAAGAUGGGGUUUUUUAAUCAAUUAUCUCUUUGAAGAACUAUAUGCAUUAUAUAUGGACUAUCAAUCAUGAGCAUUGAACCCAUCUUCACCGGUUGGCACUAAAAAACUUGUAGUGUCGCCAAAACUGGCGUACUUGUUAAGAGCCCCAAACUUCAAUUUUGCCUUCUACUGUCAGAUAAAGGAAGAAAAAAUGGGUUUCCUGGCACCUUUGCUGAUUACUCUGUUAGAUGCUUAAUACACUUGCAAUAACAUGAUUUGUUAUUGGAUUUUUUCAUCCUCCGAAUCCCUGGUAUUGAUUCCCUUUUUAUGAUUCCUUUAGAAUUUAGCAUGCUCAGAGUGAAAUUAAUUUCAGGUAUCCUCAAUAUCAUCGUUUGCUUCCAUGUCCCUCAUUCAAUAGACACACACGAGUUGAACAUCUUGUCGUUUUGGAAAGGGGACCUGUUCUGGAAUACAUCUCUAAAUCAUUGGAUCUUCCUCCUUUAUCUCAUUCAUUUUGGUGCAGUAUAUUAUGCUCUAGUAUGCCCACAGCCCGCGCCAACUGCAACCCCCGAGGAAUUUAGACUAUUCAAAAAAUUUACUGAACCAUCAUUUUUGAAAGGGCGAAUAUCUAUCAAAGGGAAAACUUUGAGAGAAGCUCAGAAUACUUUCCGGAUAACUCAUAUUGACGAGUUUGUGGAAGUUGGAAUGUACUUGCGUGUUUAUGUGCAUCCCAAACGCUUUCCAAGGUGCUAUGAAAUUGAUUGGAAAUCAAGAAUUAUCGCUGUGACAGAUUCCUAUGUGGUUUUGGACAAACCUGCUGGUACAUCGGUUGGUGGCACUACUAACAACAUCGAAGAGACUUGUGUAACGUUUGCAACUCGUGCUUUAGGAUUAACAUCUCCCUUGUGGACUACCCAUCAGAUUGACAACUGCACUGAGGGCUGCGUCAUUCUAGCUAGGACAAAAGAGUAUUGCUCCAUCUUCCAUCGUAAAAUCAGAGAGAAAAAGGUUAUGAAGCUUUAUCUUGCUCUUGCUGCUGCUCCCAUACCAAUGGGAAUAAUAACACACUAUAUGCGGCCAGUUAAUUUGGCUCCUAGACUCGUUUCAGAAGAUUUUAUUGAUGGAUGGAACUUGUGUCAGCUUGAGGUGUUGGAGUGCAGAGAGGUUUCAUGGCCAGAUGCUGAUAUUGAAGCAAAAUACUAUAUUGAAGAUUGUGGGUGGCCCUCCAAAAAGAAAGCAUUUGAAUGUAAAAUCAACCUCUUGACUGGUCGGACGCAUCAGAUUCGAGCACAACUGGCUGAUUGUGGAGCACCGUUGGUUGGUGAUUCCAUCUACAUGCCUGCAGCAGUUGCAGAGAUGGCUAAUCCUGGGUUGAAUCCAUUUGGAAAAUGUAAGAAAGAGUAUACAAGCGAAGAAGAUAAAGAAACUGCAGUGGCAGAGUGGAUUGCUCAGCACGGAAAAGAACCGGCUGUUGCUAUUGGACUGCAGGCUUAUGAGAUUUCAUGGGAUUCGGGGAAGCACAUUUACAAUGCUGGGACUCCUUGGUGGAAGCUGGAACAGUUAUAGCUCGAUAUUGACUCCAAGCCAUAAUUUUGCAUUAGCCAACAAUCUGCAAGGGUGCUGCUUACUUGGAACACUUUCCUUUGACGCAACUGCAGUGGCAUGUGGACCAUAAAGUUUGGAAAAUGAAAUUUUGUACUAGGAGGUUCAAAGCUUUGGAGGUAUAUUCAGAGUCGCAUAAUCUACAGGUAAAGCCAAAUCUUUCGUUUGUAUAUAUUAUAUAUUCAUUCAGCCAUCUCAAGUAUAUCCAGCAAAGACCAGGCAAUGUACCCUCUCACAUCUGCACCUUCCUGAACAAGCACCACAUCAUAUACAAUCCGGACAAGCUUCAAUUCAAUCAAGGCCGCACAAAUGAAACUCCUGUUUUCUGUUGGAUCAUUGGAUGAUAAUAUGGUUAACUCAACUUUUCAGUCUGUCUGUCUAUUGGUAUUUUGUGGAUGUAAUCAAAUUUUAAUGUUAUAUGUAUGGAAAUUAAACAUAUAUAGUCUAUGAGUGGUGUUCCUCGAAGCAUUAGAUCUUGGUCCUUUCCCAAUCAGAGUGAAAUGCAUUUGGUUCUUUUUGGAAGGGCUAAACUAAAUCCCUUUCUGUCUA